GGGGGGUGGUUCGGCGCGGGGGCCGUUGGCUCCACACAAAUAAACAUGGAGUCCAUCUUCCACGAGAAACAAGAAGGCUCACUUUGUGCUCAACAUUGCUUGAAUAACCUAUUGCAAGGAGAAUAUUUUAGCCCUGUGGAGCUGUCUUCCAUUGCCCAUCAGCUGGACGAAGAGGAGAGAAUGAGAAUGGCAGAAGGAGGAGUCACCAGUGAGGACUAUCGCACUUUUUUACAGCAGCCCUCGGGAAAUAUGGACGACAGUGGUUUUUUCUCUAUUCAAGUUAUAAGCAAUGCCUUGAAGGUUUGGGGUUUAGAACUAAUUCUCUUCAACAGUCCAGAGUAUCAGAGGCUCGGGAUCGAUCCCAUAAAUGAAAGGUCAUUCAUAUGCAAUUACAAAGAACACUGGUUUACAGUUCGAAAAUUAGGAAAACAGUGGUUCAACUUGAAUUCUCUCUUGACGGGUCCAGAAUUGAUCUCAGACACAUACCUUGCACUUUUCUUGGCUCAAUUACAACAGGAAGGUAGUUCCAGAAAUGUGUCCCAAGAUAUUCCACAGACAUCAGGUACACAUCUUACUUCAGAAGAGCUACGGAAGAGAAGAGAAGCCUACUUUGAAAAGCAGCAGCAGCAGCAGCAUCCACCAGCACAGCUUUCCCACCCACGCGAGAGGCCAACCACGAGUUCAGGUGCACUGGGCAGUGAUCCAGGAGAUGCUAUGAGCGAAGAAGACAUGCUUCAGGCAGCUGUGACUAUGUCUUUAGAAGUUGUUAGAAAUAACUUCAAAACGGAAGGGAAAAAAUAAUAGCUUUUACAAAUCAUUUCAACCUUCGUACUUUCCAGCAUUAUCCUGGGUGAUUACAGCAUAGACAGUCCAUUUUAGUAAUGUGUCCAAGGAACAACGUUCAACAGAGGAAAUAAGGCUUUAGGCGGUUUGCAACAAAAAGAUGAGAAAAUGGAAAAAUGUGUCA